GUACCAGCAAAAGCGCAAACUAUCCCAAGUUAUCAAAAUGGAAGAUUUGCUCAAAAAAUGGAAAGAAAAUAUGAAGACCCCGACAAUCCCGUGUAAAAAAUUCCUCCGAAAGUCUUAUUUUCCACAUCUGUCCGUCAAUUCCGCAGUCAGUCUCUGCUCACUUCACUCCUCCAAAACCUCACUCCCAUUUCUCUUCCCGAUCCCAUUCCCAACACCCCUCCAAUCCCAUCCACUACAAAUAUCUCUCCCUCCUUUCUUUCUCUCCAACAAAUGGGUAAUCAAGAAGAAGAGGGAGAGGAGUACUUGUUCAAGAUAGUGGUCAUAGGCGACUCAGCAGUGGGGAAAUCCAACUUACUAUCCCGGUUCGCCAGGGACGAGUUCGACCUCCACUCCAAAGCCACGGUGGGAGUGGAGUUCCAGACCCAGGUGUUGGAGGUCGAGGGCAAGGAGGUCAAAGCCCAGGUCUGGGACACCGCCGGCCAGGAACGCUUCCGCGCCGUCACCUCCGCCUACUACCGCGGCGCCUUCGGUGCGCUCCUCGUCUACGAUAUCACCCGCCGCACCACCUUCGACAGCAUCAAGCGAUGGCUCGAUGAGCUCAACACUCAUUGCGAUACUACAGUAGCAAGAAUCUUGGUAGGAAACAAGUGUGACUUGGAGAACAUUAGAGAUGUGAGCAUCGAUGAAGGCAAAAGCCUUGCACAAGAAGAAGGAUUGUUCUUCAUCGAGACAUCAGCCCUGGAUUCUACUAACGUUAAUGCGGCUUUUGAGAUAGUUAUUCGUCAAAUCUACAACGAUGUCAGCAGGAAGAUGUUGAACUCCGAUUCCUACAAGGCUGAAUUAUCUGUCAAUCGCGUUACCCUAGUUAAUGGGUCCGACAUGUCCAAGCAAAAGGGAGUUUUAUCUUGCUGUUCCUGACGACUCCUAUUUUCACGUUAUACACAACAGUUCUCUUUUUAGUUCGUUUCGUUUCAGGAAUUAAUUACAAGAAUUUGGAGACUGUUAGUUUCUCUCUGAAUUUAAGCAUGGGAGUAAACUUUGAUGAGAAUUACAUGUAUUUUUGGUUACCUUUAUUUAUGUUGUGAGGAGGAUUCUUGAGUUGCGCAAACUUGAUAAAAUGGGUGACUCAUUCAGCUUUUUUU